CGGCGCGCCGGGCCCAUGUGGGGAGGGCUGCGGGGGGCGCUGCGGGCGGGCGGGGCUUUGCGCGCCGCCUCCUCCCGCCCCAUGGCGGCCCCCGGCCCCUCUGCGGCGCGGGGCAGCACCGCCGGCAUCAUCGUCAUCGGCGACGAGAUCCUCAAGGGCCACACGCAGGACACGAACUCGUUCUUCAUGUGCCAGCGGCUGCGCGCCCUGGGCGUGCGGGUGGCGCGGAUCUCGGUGGUGCCCGACGACGUGGAGGCCAUCGCGGGCGAGGUGGCCGCCUUCGCCGCCCGCUUCACCUUCGUGCUCACCUCGGGGGGCAUCGGCCCCACGCACGACGAUGUGACCUUCGAGGCCGUGGCCAGGGCCUUCGGCGAGCAGGUCGCUCCCCACCCCGAGCUGGUGGCGCUGGUGCACCGGUUCUUCGGUGCGACGGACGCGCAGUGCCCCGAGAUGAAGCUGGCGCGCGUCCCCGCAUCCUCCCGCCUCAACUACGGCGCGGGCAGCGCCUUCAAGUACCCGUUGGUCAGCGUGCGCAACGUCUACAUCUUCCCCGGCAUCCCAGCGCUGAUGGAGCGCGCCCUGGACGGCUUCGCCCACCUCUUCCGCAGCGAGCAGACCCGGUUCCACUCCCGCACCGUCUACGUGGCGGCCGACGAGGUGCUCAUCGCGCCCGCCUUGGACCAGGUCAAUGCCGCCUUCCAGGGCCGCGUCAGUUUGGGCUCCUACCCGGACUGGGCCAGUAACUACUACCGGGUGAAGCUGAUGCUGGACUCGGAGUCGGAGCAGGACCUGGAGGAAGCGCAUCGCUUCUUGAUGGAGAAGCUGCCGCCGGGCGUUGUUGUGCCGUCGGUGACGGACUGCAUCGCACCGGCGGCCACGGAGGUUUACGGCCUGGCUGAGUCAGGCUCAGCCCUGGGGCAGAAGGUGGCAGCAGCUCUGCGGACCAUCGAGGAGGCUUUGGAGCGGUACAGCCUGGCCCAGCUCUGCGUGGGCUUCAACGGGGGCAAGGACUGCACGGCCCUGCUGCACCUCGUCCAUGCUGCUGUGGAGAGGCGGUACCCGGCGAGGCAGGAGAAGCUGCGGGUGCUCUACAUCCGCAUCGUGUCCCCCUUCCCCGAGAUGGAGCAGUUCAUCCAGGCCACGGUGCAGAGGUACAAGGUGCAGCUCUGCACCGUGGAGGGCUCCAUCCGGGAGGCUCUGGUGCACCUGAAGGAGCAGCAGCCGCAGCUCGAGGCCGUGCUGAUGGGGACGCGGCGCACGGACCCCUACUCACGCACCUUGACCCCCAUGUGCCUGACAGACCCCGGCUGGCCCCCAUACAUGCGGGUGAACCCCUUGCUGGACUGGACCUACCGGGACAUCUGGGAGUUCCUGCGCCAGCUCUUUGUCCCCUACUGCAUCCUGUACGACAAGGGCUACACAUCGCUGGGGAGCAUGGCCAACACGCUCAAGAACCCGGCGCUGCGCUACACCGACAGCCAGGGCCGGGACCGGUACCGGCCUGCCUACGAGCUGCAAAACGAGGAGGAGGAGCGCACGUCCCGCCGGUGAAGGCCCCACGGGCACCGCUGGCUACGGCACUGAAUAAACCUGCUGCCCGCCAGCACUGAAUAAA